UUUUAUGAGAAAGUAAUGUGUGUAUCGAUUAUUCAUUUUAUUUAAACGUGAAAUUGUUAUUUUUUUUUAUAUCAAACAUCUGCCAAUGAUUGGCUAUCAUUUAUUAUGGAUUUCUGCAAGAAAUAUUUGAUAAUAGUAGCGGGAAUUUCGACUGUAAUGGCCGAUAUCGAUCACGAAUUACACAAGAUUAUAAAUCUGAAUGAUGCCAAACAUCCUCCACUAAAACCCUGGUUCCUCGAUGAUUUUCCCUCAUAUUUACCCGAAGCAUCAGAAACAAUAGCACACUAUGCCUACACCUAUCCCUAUGACAAUUUGGAACACGGUUCCAGUUACAUCCCAACCUACAGCGACUAUUUACCAUCAUCAUCAUCAUCAUCAGAUUCCUUUUUCUCAAACACAAAAAAAAUCCCCACGGAGGAUAAAAAUUACAAAAAAACCAUUUCCUCCCACUUAACUGACAAGGAUACAAAAUUCCUUAAAUCCGAACCCAAUUGUCAGGAAAUUAAGACCAAGGAAACAAAAAUUGAUGGACAAUUAAAACCAACGUCAAUGACAUGCUACAAUUGUAAGGAUCCCAAGAGAGGAUCAACCUACGAGUACUGUUCCUAUUCUUCUCAACCCGAUAAGUCGUCAUCGGAUAAAAUUUUCGAAUCUAUUCCCCCAAGAUUUCGGAGAUCAGACAAUUAUCAAGCUGGUAGUGUGUCAAUGGCUUAUGUUCCUACGCAGCAGAGGGAUGAGAAAUCAAAAACACCGUACAAAUUCAGUGAGGAAUACUAUUUGCCUGAUGCAUCAAGAAAAUUUUCCAUCGAUCACAAAGCAGGCGAAUCGUGUCAGAAGGUCUACAAGAAUUCAAUGGUAUGCUCGGUGUGUAGGAAUCCAAAAACAGGCGGCAAGUCUGAGCAAUGUUCACAAAUUGCGGAUCCUAAUGAGAAAAGUUAUUCCUUUUCAACUUCCCAUUCAAUUGGUAAACCGAAGAAUAGUAAGAAAUCUCAUAGCAAAAAGCCAGCGCCAAUUCACGAGAAUACUGAAUCCGGUGAGCAAGAAGCUGAUGUUUUGGAUGAGCAGCCCACACAAAAUGUGAAAAAUGCCGCUGGAUCUUCAGAUUGUAGACAGGUACGAAAGGACUCGGAAAUCUGUACAGUCUGCAAAGAUCCGAAAACAGGUGGCAAUUCCCAAAGAUGCACCUACAAUUAUGAACCUGAUGAGAAAAUCUACAAAUUCACCAGGUCCAAGUCAUUUGGUUAUCCAGAAUCAUCAAAACAGCAGAAAGUUAAUGACAAAGAUGACAAAGAAGUAUCAGGUUCAGAUCCAGAAGAAUUUACCACCUAUUCAGACGAUAAUUCCCAAGAUGAAGAGGACUACAGUGGUUACGAAAAUCCAGACGCCUAUUCGGGUUACGAAAGUCUCGAAUCUCCAUCGUCUGACGAGAGUAGCAGCAGUAGCAGCAAGGAAAAUCAAAAUUACGACUACAAUCCCGAUCACGUUGACUAUAUACGUUCUGAAUCGGAGAAAAUUUUGAAAAACGCAGAUUCGGAGAAUUGUCGAAAAGUCGAAAAAGACUCAAUGGUGUGCUCAAUCUGCAAAGAUCCAAAAACAGGCGAAGACUCCGAAUCGUGUUCCUAUUCUUAUGAACCAGACGACAAGAAAUUUGCCUAUUCAAAAUCGAAAUCUUUUGGAAGCCCCACGGAAAAUUCGGAUGAAUACAGUGGAGAAGAUGCCUAUUCCGAUGAAAAUUCCCGAGAAGCUUAUGCUACUGAGAUAAAACCAACCGUCUCCUAUCCGAAUCGAAAAAUCCAACUCACUGCCGAUUCAAAUACACGCGGAACAGUUUUUCUAGGCGAAGCUGAUCAGCCCGAACACGCCAAAGUUGAUCUUGGACUUUUAGGAGCUUCACAAAAACAAGCAAAAUUGGAGCAAUUGUUAAAGGACGAUCGAACCGCAAAUAGAACGAGAUGCAAGAAAACUAUGAAAAACGAAAUGACAUGCUAUCAAUGUAUCACUGACAAUGGACUCCGUCAGGAGGAGUGUAUGUAUAUAAAAAAUCCCGAGACAAAAAUUCUUGACAAUCCUCUCACAAGCAAGGACUUAAAAUUGGACAAACAACCUAUUGCUGCACCUUCUGAUGAUAUUUCGAAAAUAAAAAAGAAAAGGAGACUAGUGGUUAAAAAUGAAAAUACAACCAAUAUUCCAUUAGAACCAGCAGCACAACCAAGUAGACGUUCCUAUCGAUUAAAAAGACAAUCAAGAAGAAAAUCUAAUGAUAAUCAAAGUUACGAAAAGAAUGAAAACAGCGAAGAAGAGAAUUAUCAUGAUGGUUACAAUAAACAAAAAAAGAAUGAACACAAUUAUGAAACUGAUCCUUACGAGUAUGUUGCCGAGACUCAGUAUAAAUAUGAUACUGAUCUUGGACUUAAAAUUCCAUCACAUACUUUAGAAGUCUCCGAUUAUGAGAAGGAAUUCGAUGAAAUUUUCUAUGGAAAUCGGGAUAAUUGAUAAAAAAAAAAAAUUAAAUCCGAACAAAAAAAGCAUUUACAUCUUUGUUGAAAGAAAACAAAUUUACCAAUCAAAACAAUUUGAUUGUCCACAAUAAUCUGAAUAGGACUAGAACCAAAUUGUUUUGGUCGAUGAAUUUUUUUUCUGCCAACACAAGUCUAAAUACUCCCAAAGAAAAGAAAACUUUUUCCAACUGAGUUUCUUGUCUAGUAUCACGUUAGUCAUAGGUCGGUAAAACAGAGUGGAUUUUAGGCGCGAAAUUUAAAUUUCGUUUCUAUGAUCAAAACCUAAUAAACUAAUAAAUUUUAUAGACAACAAAUUUCUUUUACCCCUUAAAAUAAGAUUUAAAAAUUCGCUAUAUUAAAUAUACGGAAAUUCAAAUUUAAUAUUAUUUAAUUCAAUUUCGACUGAUUUUUCUUUUCCGGAAUAUUGGAAAGAAUUCCCUGUUGUUAUUUAGUGUGUAAUAAAAACUUAUAUUUAUUGUUAAAUAAAUAGAAUUUCCCACGGAA